GCUUCCCGAUACGUUUCUUAAAACUGUCAAGGAAGGACCCUUGACUGGCUGAAUUUCAAGGACUGUUUUGAUAUCUAGAAUCCUUGACAUUCCACCAAGUCAUUUUGAUAAUUUUCAAGGAUGCAUAGAAAGUGUACCCUCAGCGUUCUUAAAGCACCUUGGUGCGCACAUUGAUGACGUAGCACGCUUGAACUGCAGCCAGAUAAGGAUCCUUCCUUGACAUUGAGAAGCACAGUGAGAGUCUUUUUAAAAUGGCGGACAAAGAGACCGAAGUAUCGCCGACAGCGCAAUAUUCAUUUAAAUGGUCGAAGGAACAAACCGAGGCGUUUAUAAACCUCCGUGUUCAACACCAACACCUUUUCACUGGUGAGAGGGACACGGCCUCCAACGGAUAUCGGAUUAUUUUGGACAAGCUGGGGAUAGGAGGCCGGGUCACCCACACCCAAGCAAAAAAAAAGUGGGACAAUUUAAAAACGAAAUACAAGGAAUGCAAGUGUCCUCGCUCGGGACAGGGCACAGAAGACGGAAAACCAACGGCAGCCACUUGGCCCUGGUUUGCUCUCAUGGACGAGGCAUUAGGGCAGUUGGCGUCAUUCUCGCCCCCCUGCCCGAUUGCCUCGAUCCCAGAGGACAAACCAGGCCCAAGCGCUACACAAGCUUUACGAGAAAGCAGAGGAAAGAAAGACGAGGAGGAGGAAGAGGAGGAGGAAAGCGAUGGAGAGAGAGCAAGGCAGAGGCGAGGAAGGAAAAGGAGGCGCGAGAGAGAGGAUCCCUUCCUCGCGCUGUUGAAAGAGGAUCUACAGUAUCAGCGAGAGGCUGAUGAAAGACGGGCGGCUGAGGCCAGAGAGCGCGCCAAUCGGUUCUUUGCACUCUUGGAGCGUUUGGCAGAAAAGUAAAAAUAAAUAAAUGCUUUAAAUUGA